UAAAAUGACAUGUUCAGGUUAUGCAUAUAACAGAACGUAUCGUACGAAGUUGUUGAUAUUGUUAAUUCAAGAAAGAGAAUGAAUAUAUUUUCAAUUCUACAACCAAUGCAGAAAGUAUUAUCACUUCAUAGAAAUCUUAAUUGUUGGACAGCAGCAAUAACAAAAAAACAUAGAAAACUAUAUUUAAAUAGUUUUCCAGUGUAUCUUGUUUUACCAGAUGGUAGUAGUAUUAACAUUGAUUAUGAAGAACCAAGAAAAAUAAUUAUUCUUCCUCUUGAUCUUAAUACUCUUUCUGAAGAAGAACGUCAAAUUAGAUUGGAAAAACGUAAACCAAUAGUUAAGUCAAAGUUAAUUGAGGAAUACGAAGAUGAUUUCGAUGAAACUCAAUUUUACAAAUAAUAUAUUGCAUUAUAUCAUUUAAAAUAUAUAGAAUAAUGGUAUAUAUAAAAUAAAUUAUUCAAAUUUUUAAU